AUGGCCACUGAUUAUUUGUGGUUUGAAGGCAUUCCUUUACCCACAAGUGGAUUCAACAUCGAAGACAUGAAACGCAAUCGGGAUGAAUUCGUGGUGAGGGAUGAAGAUGUCAUUAUGGUUACUUACCCAAAAUCAGGAUCGCAUUGGCUGGCGGAGAUUGUUAGCCUCAUCUACUCCAAGGGAGAUAUCAGCUGGGUUCAGUCUGUAGCUCUCUGGUAUCGUACACCAUGGAUAGAAAGCAUACAUGGAGCUGAAAGUAUCCCAAAGGAACAAGGGCCACGAAUGUACAGCUCUCACCUUCCAAUUCAGUUAUUUCCCAAGUCAUUAUUUGUUUCCAAGGCAAAGGUCAUUUACCUCAUCAGAAAUCCCAGAGAUAUUAUAACUUCUGGUUAUCAUUUCUUCAAAGCAUUGAAAACUGUCAAGAAUCCAGAAUCAUUUGAACAGUACUUGGAAUGGUUUCUCCAGGGAAAUGUAAUAUUUGGAUCAUGGUUUGACCAUAUUCAAGGCUGGCUGUCGAUGAAAGGAAAAGAGAAUUUCCUGAUAAUUUCAUAUGAAGAGCUGCAACAGGACACAAGGGCCACUGUAGAGAGGAUCAGCCAGUUCUUGGGCAAGGAGUUAAGCCCAGAAGAAUUCAACUCAAUCCUGAAGAACGUAUCUUUCGAAGUCAUGAAAGAAAAUAAGAUGAGCAAUUUUUCCCUCGUUCCAGAGAUGUUUAUGGAUCACACCAAAGGGAAAUUGAUGAGAAAAGGAAUCUCUGGAGACUGGAAAAAUCACUUCACGGUGGCCCAGAGUGAAGCCUUUGAUCAAAUAUACAAGGAGAAGAUGGGGAGCCUUCCUCGGGGUUUAUUCCCAUGGGAAUAA